AUAUAUUUAACACCGAAACCCUAGUCUCUUAAAAUGUUCAUCACCCAUUCUGCCGUCAAGACUGUCUCUCUUUGCAACGUCGUCGUUCAGUCCUCACCUUUGCCACCGUUGUCCGUCACCGUCGCCGACCCCCGCGCGUUCCGUUAGUCUCACAGACCCAGCGCGUUCCGAUUUCAGACAGCUGCUUCUCUUUGACAAGCAACUUUGAGCCUUCUCACUGCUUCUUCGACAUUCAGCGAACACACCAAGCCUGAUAAUGACACUGUUGAUCGAAGAUUGGUUGCUCAACUUGCUCUUCGACAGUCGCGAACAGAGAGUCUCAGACACGGUCAAUUGCAAACGCAUCAAGCCUUCUCAAAUUCAACAGCCUUUGUGAAUGAUGAGUUUAAUUUCUCAAAGUAUACUUCCUAAAGACCAAGGCGAGAAGAUUAAAAGGAAGGCUUCUAACGAGCUUGCACUUUUGGUAGAGAAUGAAGAGUUGGAAGAUGGAAAAGAACAUGAUUCAGAUAAUUUAAAAUUGAAAAAGAGAAAGAGGGAACGUAAGGAAGAUGACAAGAAGUUUGAAAUUGAGCAGGAAAGGGAAAUGAAGAAGUUGGAGAACUUUCUAUUCGGGUCUUUGUACGCCCCUGUAGAAUUUGGGAAUGAUGAUGAGGGAGAAGUGAGAGAUGGGGUCGACAAAAGUUCUGCUUUAUUCUUUACAGACAAGUCUGCGAACAGCGUAGUGUCUGUAUACGAAGAGGAUGCAGAAUCUGGUGAGGAAACUAAUGAGGAGGAGACUAGGCAAAGGAAACCUGUAUGGUUGGAUGAGGAGGAGGAAAGAACCAAUGUUAAUAUAGCUAAAGUUAACAGGUUGAGAAAGCUGAGGAAGGAAGAGGGUGAGAGCUUGAUAUCUGGUUCAGCAUAUGUGUCAAGAUUGAGAGCUCAGCAUGUAAAGUUGAACCCAGGCACAGAGUGGGCCCAACUUGAUUCACGGUUGAGGAAUUACAGUUCUGAUGAGGAAUAUUCUGAAGAAGAAAAUGGUGCAGAACUUGCACGAGGUUACAAAAAUGUUGAAGGUAUUGAUGACAUCCUUCGAACAAAUGAAGACCUUGUUGUGAAGGGCAGUGCGAAGCUGUUGCCUGGACUCCUUGAGUUCUCAAGGUUGGUUGAUGCAAAUGCGGAAGAUCCUUCGAAUGGUCCAAUAAAUUCUAUUCAGUUCCAUAGAAAUGCGCAGUUGCUCCUUGCUGGUGGAUUAGAUAAAAAGCUGAGAUUUUUUCAGAUAGAUGGCAAAAGGAACACCAAAAUACAAAGCAUCUUCCUUGAUGAUUGUCCUAUUCGAAAGGCUUCUUUCUUACCUGAUGGAUCUCAGGUUAUAAUAGCAGGAAGGAGAAAGUUCUUCUACAGCUUUGAUCUAGUGAAAGCGAAGGUCGAUAAGGUAGGUCCCUUAAUUGGUAGGGAGGAAAAAAGCUUGGAAGUUUUUGAGGUUUCCCCUGAUUCUAAUACAAUAGCUUUUGUGGGCAGUGAAGGGUAUAUCUUGCUGGUUUCAUCAAAAACAAAGGAACUGAUUGGAACACUCAAGAUGAAUGGGACUGCUCGUUCAUUGGCCUUUUCUAGUGAUGGACAGCAAUUGCUGAGCUCUGGGGGUGAUGGGCACAUUUACCACUGGGAUUUGAGAACAAGGGCUUGCUUCCACAAGGCUGUUGAUGAAGGUUGUAUAAAUGGUACGGCUCUUUGUACUUCCCCAACUGGAACUUUUUUUGCAGCAGGUUCAGACAGUGGGAUUGUGAAUGUUUACAAUAGGCAAGAGUUUUUAGGAGGCAAGAGAAAACCAAUAAAAACGAUCGAGAAUCUUACAACUAAAGUGGAUUUUAUGAAAUUCAAUAAUGAUGCUCAGAUAUUGGCGAUCAGUUCCAGCAUGAAGAAAAACAGUCUAAAGCUUAUUCACGUUCCAUCAUUUACCGUGUUUUCAAAUUGGCCCCCUCCAAAUCGGGCCUUAAAUUAUCCUCGCUGUUUGGAUUUUAGUCCUGGUGGAGGUUUCAUGGCUAUGGGGAAUGCAGCCGGAAAAGUUUUGCUAUACAAGCUGAACCAUUACCCUCAUGCAUAGGGAGAACGGGACCAAUUCCACCAUUUUUGAUCACAUUGUCCUGGUACUUUCCCCCGCUAAUGUGAAACGCCAUUGUUUCCCUGUUUCUUUCCUUCUAUCUUUUCCGUUGUUGGUGUAUCAUUGUCAUUGGUUCCUACAGUAAUUUUGAUGUGUAAUGACUAGUUAAUGAUCCAGUGGUAUAGCUAGCUUCAAUUGUUUGGGUACUUCUUUUUAUGAUUCAAUCUUGAUUUUGUGCUA